AUGGUUGCUGUUCAUGGCGUCCGAAGUGAUGAAGAAGCCAAUCCAAGUACCCGAAUAGGUGGUAGGAACUGGGAUGUUGAUAAGAGUGAAAAGGGGAAGGAAAUAACACAAUUUCAUCCUCUAAACAGCGCUAAUGUCAAGGAUUCCAAGGCUAGAAGUACUUCACAAGCUCGAUGUUUCAAUUGCGGAGAGGCGAGGCAUAAAUCUUACGCUUGUCCACAAAGAAGAAUAAAUUUGGUAGGUGAUAAGAUCAACUUUCCAAAACCAUCGUAUGAUGUUUAUGGCAACGAAGAGGAAGUUAUUGAUCUCUUACCAGUUGAAGGAGAAUGUUUGUUGGUAAGACGAGUGAUGACAACUCCCAAAUUGAGGAAGAGGAUUGGCGUCGACAUAAUAUAUUCCGAACACGAGUCCUUUGUGGGGGAAAGAGUGUGCAACAUGAUUUUUGAUGGAGGAAGUAGUGAAAACAUUAUUUCAAAGGAGGUGGUAGAAAAAUUGAAGUUACCAAUUGAGAAGCAUCCUAAUCCCUACAAGGUUGCAUGGUUUCAAAAGGGAAGCGAAGUACCAAUCACUUCAAGGUGUUUGGUUAAAUUUACUAUUGGUAAUACCAUUGAGGAUGAAGCUUGGUGUGAUGUUGUUCCCACAGACGCAUGUUAUAUCUUAUUGGGAAGACCAUGGUUGUUUGACAAAGACAUGAUGCAUUCUACUAAAGCUAACACCUAUUCAUUCUAUAAGGAUGGAAGAAAGUGGACUUUGCAGUCGCUUGAAGAAGGAUUCUGCCAUGAGUUUGACAUUGAGAGCAAGAAGGUGGCGUCUGUGUAUCCACUUGUUACUAAGAAGGAUGUUGAGGGGGCUUCAAAUAAAUUAGAAGAUGACAAUACCCUAAAUUUAGAAGACCCUCCCGUGUUUGACUGUUGUUUGGAAGAAGAUUGUGAAGUUUGUUUGGGAAUUGAGAAAGCUUCUGACAAGGUAUUUGGUGAGAGUAAACAAGCUGAAUCUAGUGUAAUCUUGAAGGCAGUGAAUCAAGAAGAAGCUGGGUUUGAACUUUUGAAGCAACACAAUCAACCCACAUUUGAAGGAAAGGUAAUUCAAGAAAUUCUUGGGGGAAUUGUUGGAGAUGAGCUGAAUUCCUUCAAAGGUGAUACUUAUGAAUUUGUACGAGCUGGGCUGCACAAUGGGUUUGCUCCCUUCUAUGCCAUUGGAGAUGAUAACAUUGAGACGCUCUGCCCUGACUUGCUCCUCGUUCAAUGUGAGCAGGUCAAUGCUGUGGACACAGAAGGAGUUGAAGAGCAGGAGGCCAAAGAGGAUGGAGGAGAGGAUGAUGCAACUGAUGAGAUGGUGGCAGAUGUCGCGGAGCAGGCAGUGGAGCUGCUAAAAGCGUGGCUGAUCAGGUGCAUGCCAAAUAGGCUACAAAUUAGGGGGCUCCUACCGAAGUCUCGAAUAGUUGCUUCUCUACUUCAGAAGUGUGUAGGGCUCAGUCGUCUACUUGGAACUGAGCAGGUAGAAGGAAGUAUCAUCGAUAAUAUCUUUGGAGGUAGCAGGCAUUCCAUUGUCGAGGUUGAGCUUCAUUUGUUAGAAGUUCUAAUCAACACUACCAACCUCAAUGCUUAUGGAAGGGACAUUAAUGUGAGGAGGGAUGAUCGCUUGGUGGUGCGAUAA